CAAGAGUGGAAUGUAGUGUAUAUAAAAACGGAAACACUAGGUGCUCGUUGUGAAAUUUAACCACGAUUCUCAAUCGUACAAGAUGUCUACCAUCCAAAGUCUCAGCACAUCUCACCAAGAGGUGUACGAAAUUCUCAGUGAUGCUUUCGACUUCCCUAACGACGAUCAGAGACUUUGGUGGCAUAGCACAGCGCCCAUGUUUACCGCGAUGCUACAAACCGCUGAUUACGAUGUACAUGCCCAAUAUAAGCAUCUUGCUAUCUACAAGAAACAUGUAAUUCCAUUUCUGGGUAUCUACCCCUCAAAUGGCCGAGAACGUUGGCUGAGUGUUCUCACCCGCUACGGCACGCCCUUUGAGCUGAGCCAUAAUUGCUCCGAUUCCAUUGUCAGGUACACCUUCGAGCCCAUCAACGCCGCAACUGGUACGGAGCUCGAUCCGUUCAAUACUUGUGCCAUCAGAGAGAGUCUACGCAGGUUGAUGACCAUCCAGCCCACCAUCGACCUUGAGUAUUUCGAUCAUUUCAAGCGCGAAUUAACUCUCGACACGCAGGAAUCCACCUGCCUGCGUCAAAGUUCUUGGGUAGGAACUGAUAUUAUGACCCAGAACAAAUUAGCACUUGAUCUGAAAGGGGGCAACUUCAUCGUCAAGGCUUACAUCUACCCUGCUCUAAAAGGGAUCGUCACCGGCAAAUCGGCGCAGGAAUUGAUUUUCGGCUCUGUCAGCAUAUUAGCUAGGAAACACACCAGCUUGGCCCAGCCCCUGGCAAUGCUAGAAGAAUAUGUCAAAUCCCGCGGUCCGGGAAGUACAGCAUGUCCACGGCUUCUGUCCUGUGAUCUGGUUGACUCCAGCAAGUCACGCAUCAAAAUCUACAUUUCAGAACAAGUUGUCUCACUAUCUGCAAUGCAGGAUCUGUGGACAUUAGGUGGCCGGCGUAAUGAUCUCUCCACUCUUGCCGGUUUCGAUAUGAUCCAGGAGCUGUGGGACUUGCUUCAGAUUCCCGCCGGUAUACGUUCGUACCCCGAGGGCUAUCUGCCACUGGGAACGAGACCCAAUCACAAUGAACUACUGCCCAGCAUGGCGAACUAUACUCUUCUGCCCAACAAUCCCGUCCCGGAGCCGCAACUGUACUUUGCCGUGUUCGGAAUGAAUGAUAUGGCUGUGGCAGACGCGCUUACGACAUUUUUCACACGACGUGGUUGGACCGACAUGGCCCAGAAGUACAAGAAUAGUCUCAAAGCAUAUUACCCGGAGGAAGAUCACGAGUUGACAAACUAUAUCCAUGCGUACGUGUCGUUUUCGUACCGCAAAAACAAGCCGUACCUUGGCGUCUACCUCCAAAGCUUCGAGACUGGUAAUUGGUCUAGGGGUAAGCUGACUCUGCACGCGUAUAUGCUUAAUGCAUAGUAGUCACGCAUGUAAUUUCAGCUCGUUGCCGCCGGGUGUUCUCCGAAGCACUUUUGAAUUAAUCGACUAAUGUGGUGCAUACCACGCAUGAUAGAUGCAUGUGAUUUAAUAUACACUAUUCAAUGGACAUAAGAAAAGACA